AUGCACAUCAUCAAGCCUUCAUGGCUGAGCCACAGCGGCGAGCAAAAGGAUUUUGAGGUUUACAGUUGCCACGUUUCACCCGAUGGCAAACGACUUGCGACCGCUGGCGGCGAUGGACACGUGCGAGUCUGGUCGACCGAGUCUGUUUAUAAUGCUAACUCCCCCGACUACAACAAGCCGCGCCAGCUCUGUCAUAUGAGCCAUCAUCUUGGAACGAUUCACUCGGUUCGCUUUUCGCCCAAUGGGCGAUAUCUUGCCAGCGGCGCCGACGACAAAAUUAUCUGCGUAUACCAUCUCGACAAAGGUCCUCCAGCUGCCACCUUUGGUACCAACGAGCCUCCGCCCGUAGAGAAUUGGAAGACAUACAAGCGUCUGAUUGGACACGACAACGAUGUUCAGGAUCUUGCCUGGUCAUACGACUCUUCGAUACUUGUCUCUGUAGGCCUCGAUUCCAAGGUUGUUGUUUGGUCUGGUCAUACCUUUGAGAAGCUAAAGACUCUACCGGCGCAUCAGAGUCACGUCAAAGGAAUCACCUUUGACCCUGCAAACAAGUUCUUUGCUACUGCAAGCGACGAUCGAACGAUCAAAAUCUUCCGAUUCACCUCACCUGCACCCAAUGCGACACAACAUGAUAUGGUCAACAACUUUGUCCUAGAAACAACCAUUAGUUCCCCAUUCAAGAGCUCGCCCUUAACGACCUACUUCCGACGAUGUUCAUGGUCCCCGGAUGGAAACCACAUUGCCGCGGCCAACGCUGUCAAUGGUCCUGUUAGCUCGGUUGCUAUCAUAGAGCGCACGAGAUGGGAUAGCGAGAUCAACCUCAUCGGGCAUGAGGCUCCCACAGAAGUAUGCAUGUUUUCUCCUCGACUUUUUCACACAGUAAAGCCAGACGCAAAUGCCACCGCCGAGGAAAACGCGGGAUCUCUUGUGACUGUCAUUGCCUCAGCGGGCCAGGACAAGACACUAAGCAUAUGGAACACGAACACAUCAAGGCCUGUUGUCAUUCUCCAAGAUUUGGCAGGCAAGUCGGUAUCUGACCUAGCGUGGACUCCAGAUGGCCAGACGCUGUUUGCUUGCAGUUUAGACGGCAGUAUUGUGGUUGUCAAAUUUUCUGAAGGAGAACUUGGCUGGGUAGCGCAGCCCGAGGAGAACGUCAAGGCUCUUCAGAAAUAUGGUGGUUCAAGGAAGGGAAUGGGAAUUGCGGAGGAUGUGGACGGUCUAAUCUUGGAAAACCAGAGUAAAGCAGGCGAAUCGAGGGCUGCUGAGUCCAGGAUGGGUGCACUUAUGGGAGACUCCCUUGAGUCAACCAAAGAGUCAACACCUGCCACCAACGGUACUAAGCCCAGUGCAUCAGCAUCAAAGCCGUCUACAAAUGGCCAAGCAGAGUCAGAAAAGGAAAAGGAGCCCGAAAAAGAGCCAGAAAAACAACCAGAAGAGGCAGCUGACAAAACAGCUGAACGUGUCAAAGAAUUGAAAUCGCGAGUCACUAUUGGCAAGGAUGGAAAAAAGCGCGUCGCCCCAUUGUUGGUGUCUUCUUCAGGUACAGGCACAUCUUCCUUGCCCCAGACCCAAUUAGUCGGGACCACGAGUACCAGCAGGACAUCUCAAAACGACACCCCCCAAACAAUACUCGAAAUGAGCAAGCCUUUUGACGGGCUACCCAGAGGCGGUAUUGUCGCCAUGCUGCUUGGCAACAAGAGGCGCAUCAACGUCGCUGAAGGUGAAGAUGAGGAGGAGCCCCUGGCCAAACGCGCCGCGACAGGCCCUACGACUAUUGUCACUGAAGGACCUGACGGUGCUGAGCCGGCAGCACUCGUACCUGUUCAAAAUGGUGUCCUCCCUACUCCUGAGUUCCUUCGGCCUGCGGUAAUGAACCCCUCCAUCGCCUUUGCUCAAGUCAGACUGGCUGCGCCAAAGAUUCGAUCACAUAUUCUUCGGCCAUUAGACAGAGGGGUUCUACAAGGAGAGGGCUCCUCUGAAGAUGCAGCGAAGACUCCGGAGAACAUCAUCCUAGAAGCUAAGAAUGAUUCCAAUCCAAGGGACCCCUCACACGUUCAAGUUACUAAAAGGGGCGCUCUUAUCUGGGAGGAGUGGCUUCCCCGGGCUAUCAUUCUGGUUACAGCAACACAACACUUUUGGGCUGCCGCUUGCGAAGACGGAUCUGUGCAUACUUGGACUCCUGCUGGAAGAAGACUCUUGACCCCUAUUAUACUUGAGUCACAACCUGUCGUUCUGGAAUCUCGCGGUCACUGGUUACUGUGCAUCACAGCUGUGGGCCUUGCUCAUGUCUGGGAUUUGAAAACCCAGUCCUCUCCCGCCCCCCCAGUGUCAUUGGGGCCAAUCCUGGACAUUGCAACAACUUCGUUAAACCAGCACAGCGCGACACCUGCUCCAGGCGUCACCUCUGCUCAUCUUAACGAUACCGGCCAUGUCAUCGUGACGCUAACUAAUGGUGAUGGCUACUACUAUGCCCGAGAAAUGUAUACUUGGCAACGCCUCAGUGAAGCCUGGUGGGCGGUAGGCUCACAAUACUGGAACUCCAAUGAUUCUUCUAUAUCUGCCCUGCAGUCUACAGCUGUUGGCCCAGCCUCGAAGGACGGUCAAGCUAAGGAGGCUUCCAAGGCUACUGUGUCAUCAGGCAUCAUACCUUUCCUCGAGCGCCACACAACCAACGAGUUCCUUCUAAAAGGCAGAGCAUAUGGCUUGCAACGAAUCAUUAAGAUGGUUGUGCAACGAAAGGAAGCUGAAAAUCUGGAGAGCAGUGUCAGCAUUGCUCAUCUGGAAAACCGAAUCGCCGGUGCAUUACAAAUUGGGGCGCGAGAAGAGUUCCGUCUUUAUCUGUUCAUGUAUGCCAAGCGGUUGGGUGCCGAGGGAGCAAGGGUGAAAGUUGAGGAGCUUCUCAAUAGCCUUCUUGGAGGUAUUCUUGAGGACAGUGAAGACGAUGAUGAAGACGAUGGCCACGGGUGGUUCAGCAAAGAAGGUGAUCUAUGUGGAUGGGAUCGAAAGGAGUUGCUUAAGGGUGUGGUAAUGAUCCUCGGCAAAUACCGUGAGUUACAACGGUUAACACUUCAGUACGCAAGGGUACUCGACUUCAGUCUAGAAGAUGGUUCAGUAGAUGUCGAGCAGAUGGACGUUGAAACAUAA